UUGUUCAAUGUCCUUUUUCUUUUUCUUUCAAAACAAUAUCGAAUCAUAAGGAUGAUAAUGAUAUUAAUAAUAAUAAUAAUAUUAUAUAUAUAAUAAUAAUAAUUCUUGAUCGAAUAUUCAACGAACACGUUCCAGGUUUAGAGCUUAUCCCGAGACAAAAAUAGAAGUCGUUCUAGAUCCUUUAGAUGUGCAUAUCUCGGACGAUCUAGAAAGACGUGGCUCCCAGCUCCGCAUUCUUCGUCGUCCAUUGUACGUAAUGCAUCUCUCGAGUCGAAUGCACGUGCCUAACGUCCCUACUACGGCUUAUAACGCUUAUUCGUAUUCUGAUUAGCGCGCACGUGCGAUAUUACGGAGCACACUAGACACACCGUGCUUCUUGUCAAGGUUCUCUCGCGUGGGUGUGGAUCGUAAUCGGUCGAAAAGUAUUAAAGAAAUCUAUAGCGAGAUCUCUCUAUCUUUCUCACUCUCUCUCUCUCUCUCUCUCUCUCUCUCUCUCUCUCUCUCUCUCUCUCUCUCUCUCUCUCUCUCUAUCUUUGUCAUUCUCUCCCUCCCUCUCUGUCUCUAACUUUUUACAAAAUUGUAUUACAUACCUACAUACAUAUACACACGUACAUAAAAAUUUCUAUCGAACUUAGGAUAUUCUUCUUUUUAAAUUAAAAUAAUAUAUAAAUCACUGUAACAAUUAUCAUAAUAUCGUUAACGUGAAAGAAAUUCAAUAUUACGAGAUUCGCUCGUUUGUACCAUCAUCAGAUAAAUACAUUAAGGAAAAUAGAGAAGGAUCGUAUGGAACGCAAAAAAAAAAUAUAAAUAAAUAAAUUCUGCGAAGCAUUCAUUGGCACGUAAGAAUUCCUUCGAUGCUCACUAGCUGCCUCGUGAGAUCUCUCCUCAAUAACAACAACAAACAAAAAAAAGAACGAGAAAAGAAAGAGAGGAAACCUCGAAAAAAAAAAGAGAGAGAACAGAAAGACUACUCGGGCACGUGUCGACGAGUGACUUUCAGUCCCAUUAGCGUACAAACUUUCGACGAGGAAGGACCCGCGACGAUAACACGAAUCAUAGCUCGGAUCAUAACUCGGAUCAUAGUAAUCCAGACUGGCAAUGCGCCGCCAUCCGUGAAACGUCGGAUCGCUGUUAACCUUCUUGCGGUGAGUGGCGCGAGGGUGAACACACCACCGAAGUACUCCCUAAUGGAUGACGAUGGAAGGGUAUGGGUGAAGGGUGGAUGAGCAAUAUGGUUCGUCUUGUCAACGAGCACCUAACCUCCUAAGUGAAUAAUUACGCGUCCUUCAAAUGGAAAUCAAAGUUCUAAGAUUAAGAAACAAAGCCCUACACAUGAAAGAACACCCGGACUACAAAUAUCGACCACGACGGAAACCGAAGAAUUUAGUGAAGAAAGAAAAUAAAUUCGGUUUUUCAAUAUCGCCAUUGAUGUCGCCCGGUGAUACCCUCGGCAACAUAUCUCGUGGUCUUUUACCACCGUUGGCACCACCUUCGCAUCAUCAUCCUUUGAUAGGUCACGACGAUCUCAAGAUACCUCGUUUCUUUCCGCCGUUUCCGUAUCCCCUCUAUCCGAUUCAACACAAGUUGGGUGACGAAUUGAACGGUGGUAAAUUGGCUGCGGAUUUGGCCUUCCAAGCUCUAUACGGUGGUAGCACGUUUUAUUCGAGUCACCAAGCGGUAUCCUGGCCAGGAUUACCGGCGACGACGUGUCUCCAAGCUAAUUGUGGUUGUCCUAGUCCACCGAAGGAUCCGAAAAGGACGUAUUUGCCAUCGAAGUUGGAAGAGAGAUCCUUUCCCAGUCCGGGUAAACACGAGGACGAAACUUUUCCGAUCGAGCGUGAUACUACCAUUGAAGAAUCUCGUUACAGAAAGCUAGAGGACGAAGGAUUAACUUCGACGUUGGAAAGGCAUCAGGAAGAAAGAUCGAGAGAUCGUUUUUCAUCCUCUUCUUCCUCAUCGCCAACCGAUCGACCAGAAAGAGCGUCUAGUACGACAUCGGCAACGACAACGAGUACGGUGACCAAAGUAGAAAGCGUCUUCUCCGUACAAAAUCUUACAUCACCUAGCACGAAUUUGACGUCCCAUCGAAGUCACGUCAUAUGAAGACCGCUGCCGGUUCUCCCGGACCUAAACUUCCGGGGGAACCUUCUACCAACCGGUUGGCCGACGGCAACCGAUUGGUGGAGAAUACCACCGAUGCUUUCGCCGAUCCCACAAGCUAGUGUCGCUAAUCUACCAUCGGCUAACAUCAAGGACGACGAUGUUCACUUUCAAGAAGAACAUCAGAGAAAUUCUGUCGUCUCUAGAACUACCGGGAGGACUGGCUUGCACGUCGGUGCCGCGCAAUGAGAUCUUCUCGAGAAGUAUCAUUAGGUGGACGAGUCAAGUGCAUUUACCGGAACGUGAUCGAAAUGCUUUCAGACUUCUUUUCCUUCUUUUCUUUUAACGUGUUAACGUUAAUUUAUGAUAAAUCUAAAAGCAGUGAUAUUACGUCAAUUUCAUUUCUCCUACGUGUUGUUUAUCUCAGCUCUAAUAAAAACAAGACAUAAUCGACAAGUCUCGCUAAAGAACGUUAUAUCCCAGGUAAGAUGGCCGAAAUUAUUCAAAUUUCGUCGCGACGCUUAACAAUUAAUAACAUAACAUGGAACGAUGGAACGAUAUGAAUUCGAUAUGUAAAUCGACGAAAGGCCGAAAGAAUUCGACGAGUUAGCUUCGAAAGCAAAAGUUAAUUAAGACAAUCUCAACGAAGAAGAAAAAGAAGAGGAGAGAACAAAAAACAGGAAAAAAAUCGACGGCAUAUCUCUCCUACCCUAACCCCUCCCAGUCGCCCAUUGCAAAUUUCGUGAAAAACAUUUUCUUCUUUCAAAGCCACCUAGUGAGUUAGAUAGUCGAAAUCGAUAACACGGCGUUACGAAAAUCCCACAAAGGGAUACGGUACUCCCUUCUGGGAGAUACUCCGUGCUCGUUGGAAAUACUAGAAGAGUCCGAUUUUGAUGAGACAACCAACCCUCUCAUACCACAUAUUACCUACAUACAUGCGAACCGGGCGUGUCUUUGCCAACCGACGAAAAACAGAAAGAGAAAGGGAGAAAGGACGUAGGAGGGGUUGUAUGCGAAAUCGAGAGAGAAAGGACGGAAGAUGGAAAGGGUGAGAGAGAGAGAGAGAGAGAGAGAGAGGGGAAGGAAGGUAGGGAGGGGAUAGGGAUGGAGGAGAAAAAACCUCUUCCAGCGGAGGCAAAUCUCUUCUUUGGGAUGCGGCCAUGCGAAAUAAGCCAAACGUUUUGAAUGCUAACGUAGAUGCGAGAACGGACCCGACACGUAUGUGCUGUACGCGUUCACGGCUAUUUUGUUGCGGUGGCGUUUUCGCGACGACGAAACGCAUCGAUACAACCCGCGAAAUUAUUCAGCGAAAACGUAUGUAUGUAUGUAUGUAUGUAUGUAUGUAUGUAUGUAUGCACGUAUGUAUGUAUGCACGUAUGUAUGUAUGUAUGUAUAUAUGUAUAUAUAUAUGUAUGUACCUACGUAAACGUUUCCGCGUACGCUUCACGGGAAUAUCGAUCACGAGAAAGGUAUUCGCGAAUCACCCGUUGCGUAUGUAAUUACGUAAAAUCGAAUUUUCUUGUUGUUCGAAGCCAAACGGAGUACCUAUCGUUGUCCCCGUCUAGCCAUUAUUCCAUUGUGUAUAUUUUAUAGAUUUUAUUUUGUGACGAUCGCGCAUAUAUAGAAUUGCUGGUGCUUACAAAAAAGUAAAAGAAAAAAAAGAAAAAGGAAAAAAAGAUAAAUAAAAAGAAAGAAAUACGUAGAACUUUUCGAAGCGGAUUUCAUUUCCUUAAAUCUAAACUUUCUUGGAUUACAGUGACGCGUGACACGAUUAGAUUUUCUAAUCGUAUUAAUUGAAUUUAAGAAAGAAUCAAUGGCUAUCGAAAUAGUAGUGCUGGCGCUAAAUUAAACUUUCAAAAUGAAUGAGAGUUCGUUCAUUAUUUUGUUGAAUAGUUAUAUUUACUUAUCGUUUUCUUCGUGAAAAAUUGUUACGAAAAUCGUGCAAUCGAAUUCUUUUGUAUUUUAGUAUUAUAUUAUCGUUUGUUAAAUAGUUCUUAUUGAGUUAAGGCCCACGCGUAAAUAAAUUCCGAAGGGACACGCUAACGAAUUUCUAUAAUAAAUUAGAAUGACUCUGAAAAAGUCGAAAACGCAUUUUACUUAAAACGUUCCACAAAAGAUGUAAAAUAAGUAUAAUGUAAAACAUAUCUAAUAAAUAGAAACAUAUCUUUCGAGUACGUAUGUAGCGCGUUCGUCUCUAUGUAAAAAAAAAAAAGAAGAAAAAAAACAAAAAAGAAAAAACCAAAAAAAAAGACAAACAAAAAAAUCUCAUGUACGAUCCGUCGAAUCUUUUCCAUUAACUUAAAUCCAAUUGCGUUGUAUUACGCCGAGGUGACAUAUAAAAUAAUCACUGUUAAUUCAUGCUGUAACAUAAUGCAAUUUGUAAAUAAAAUCACGAAUUAAUUAAUCACACGAUCGAAUCGAUUAAAAAAAAAAAAAAAAAAAAAGUCCCAGGGUUGUGAAAUAUUUUCGGAUGAAUCGAAGGGGUGGGGGGCGGAAAAAAGAAAAUGGAGAAAGAUAAUAGUAAUCACGAAAGAAUCAAAAAACGAAGACGCUUUUAAAAAAUUUUGCGAGGAUAUCGUUCGUCGUUAUCUUGACGAAUAAAUGACGAUGCUAACAUUCGUAGAGUACAAAAGGAGAAGAACAAAAAAGAAAGGAGAAAAGAGAAAAAAAGACGGGAAAAAAAAGAGAGCACCCUCGUCCUUCGAGUGUUCUUCGUUUUCAGCCUCGUACCACCGUUCACCAGGUCGUGUUUUAUUUCUGAUAGCAACGCUUUCGUUUCUGCUCCGGUGUCGUCGACGCCACAAGGACAUUAUCGCCGGCACGAAGGACCCUUUCUUCCCCCAUAAAGGCAAUCACACUUUCUCCGCGCGGAGAUAACAGCAGAAUGGAAAAGCAAAGACGUUCUUGGCACACACCCCUUCCCCGCCCCAACUUCGCCACGUUUUACCACCCUACGCUAAAUUUCGCGGCUUUUUCUUCUUCUAUCGGGAAAAGUGACUCUCUGGCUUCAUGAUAAUAACCGUACAAAAGGAGGCACGGUAAGGAAGCGAAUUCCUUUUUCUUUUUCCUUUUUCUUUUACUACUACUACUACUAUUACUACUACUACUACUACUACUA